CUGCCGUAGUUCGCCUUUCCACGUGGGCGCUCCGUCAUGGCGGCUGUUCGGAAACCGGUGUUGCUCGGGUUUCGAGACGCGGAGGUGCCUGGUCAUCCCAAGGGGCCUGGCGCCUGGGUUGCGAGCAAGCUGGGCGGCCUUCCGAAACAGGAAAAUGGUCUUGCAGCUGAGGACUGGUGUGAAGGUGCAGAUGACUGGGGAAGUGACAGUGAGGAGGCGCCUCCACAGCUUACCUUGGAUUUUGGAAAUGAUGCCAGCAGUACCAAAGGCAGAGACUGGACUGCCCAGCUCCAAGACCUCCACCUGCAGGAUACUGUUCUGGGUGCUGCUCCUCCUGUGUCUCCUGGGAAGGGGGUGGCCUUGCCUUCUGUGGUGCCCCAGUUCCUACCCUACUACAUCUCUGUCGUAGAUGAGGAUGAUUAUGGGGACUUUGUCAGUCUAGAUCAUGCUCAUAGUCUUCUGAGGGACUAUCAACAAAGAGAAGGAAUUGAUAUGGAACAGCUGCUUUCCCAAAGUCUUCCUAGUGAUGUUGAUGAAAAGUAUGAGAAGACCAUAACCAAAAGUGGAGAUAAGGUAUUUUACAAAUUCAUGAAGAGAAUUGGUGUUUGCCAGGAGCAGAUUUUGAGGUAUUCCUGGAGUGGAGAACCCAUUUUUUUGACCUGCCUUACAUCAGAAGUCACAGAACUGGUCCCAACCUGCAGCUACUGUGGAGUCCAAAGAAUAUUUGAGUUUCAGCUUAUGCCAGCCCUGGUCAGCAUGCUCAAAAGUGCCAAUUUAGGUCUUUCUGUGGAAUUUGGGACAAUUCUAAUUUACACAUGUGAGAAGAGUUGCUGGCCUCAGAAUCAUCCUACUCCCAUGGAAGAAUUUUGUAUUGUACAAGAAGACCCAGAUGCAUUAUUAUUUAAGCCUGUCUGCACAGUGGCAGCUUGGGAUGUGACUCCUCUCCACCCAGAGGGCAGCUGUUCCUGCACUGGCAGCCUGGUGGGCAUUCUAGGAGGGAGAGCAAUUGAAGAGCAAGGAACAGCAGUCAGCCUCUGAUUAACCCUGCUGCCUCUGUACUUCUCUCCUUUCUGGUGCUGUCCCUAGAUGCUGAUAGAUCAAACCACUCGACCUCCUCCAGCUGCUUGAGGCUCCCACUCUGUGACACCAGCUGUUUAUACCUGCCCCAUGUUCCCACUCCCCAGGACCCUCACCCUCACCCAUUCGCACCUUCUGCCCCUGCAGCAUCAAGGAAAGGGGCCCUUACUCUAUCCUGGACAGUGUUCCUCCAUUUGGCUAUUUGCUUUCCCAAUCUCCCCUUUCUCUUUCUUUUCAGUGUUUAUGUUAUCAACCCCUUCUGUUCUGGUACCUUGACAGCAGUAUGAAAACAUUCCCACCAACUAUGUACAGACCUCUUUGCCUGCAUAAAUAAAUAAACUGGGUAUAAACAAUUUGAUUUGCUGCUCUGGUAAAUAAUGCAUUAGGCCCAGAUUAUCAUAAGGUAGGAUUCUCCUGGGCAGAAUGUGACUGAUGAGAACCCCAUCUGAUCCUGCCCUGCACAGCACCUGAUGGAGAGUGGCUGGCAGUGUGCAAACUGAAGGUGCUGGUCAGUGAGGCUUCAAACAUGCUGGGUUUUAUAGGGGAAGAAUUUUCCCUUUACUCUUCUAGGUUCUUAGUGAGAACCCACUGUAAUAACAGACAACAGAAGAAAAACAAGUUUACAACAUGUAUUCUUAUAUAUACAUGGAAGAUAACCAGGAAAACAGUAACUCCCUGAGAUGGGCCAAGCCAUCACCCUAAAUAUAGCUAAAGACAAAAGAUGGGGGAGGGGAGACAGGGUGUAGGUAGUUAUAAGAGGUUAUCAGGCAAAGCAUGGUAAACAAGGGUGGGGUACGGUUGUUAUAUAUUAAGUAAGAAAGAUAGGAGAAAGUAAGUCCAGUGUGGAUAUAUCUAAAUGUAAAACUCAUUGCUGUGUAAGAGAUCUAGAGCUAGAAAGACAGAAAAGGCCCUGAGGAAUAGGAUUAGGCAUGAGUGGCACUUUUUCUCACUUCCUGCACUUGUAUUCAGUUGGAAUUUGUCAAGGUAGGCAAGCAUUUUACACUUUAUACACACA